AUGCACACCGUGCUCUCCUCCCUCGGGGUUGCGCAUUUCCUCGAGCCUGCGAUCCUCAGCUCCGAAGUGGGGUUCGAGAAGCCCGACCAGAGGGUGUGGGAGGAGGCUGUCCGAAGGACCGGGUUGGAAGGACUGGAUUGGGAGGGGAGAGGAGGGGUGCUGCAUGUUGGGGAUGAGCUGGCUGCGGAUUACUGGGGUGCUAAGAAAGCUGGACUGGAAGCGCUGCUUGUCCGACGGCAUGGUGAGUAUAGCGAUGGGUCUAGGAGGGAAGCUACAGAGGAUCUGGACGGCGUAGACGUCGUUCCCGACUUUGGCGGAGUUGUGGACUAUGUGAGAAAGCGCAAUAACCCGUAG